GUUGAUUCGGUUAAAGACAAAAGAUGCUAGUGAUUUUCUUUCACUUUUGAAUCUUCAUCAUCAUCGAGUUAAUUAUCUUUUUAAAAUCAUCGAUUUUCAUUAUUGUGAAUUGAUCCAAUUGAAUUUUAUCCAUUUAUCAUCAUCAUCUUUUCUGUUUCCAAUUAAUUAACUGGUGAAAAAAUAUUCUUCUGGUUAAGGAGAAACAAUUAGUUAAACAUGACAUCGAUUUGGGAAAUGAGUGAUGAAGAUUUUGUGAAAGUAAAAUCGAUUCGUGAUUCAUUUGACAAGGAAUAUCAGGAAAAUUGUGAUUUGUACGAAAAAGAUGAUUACACCAGAGUGAUGGAGAAUGAUUAUCUUGUCUGGAGAUAUUUAGAUGAGAAGGAUGGAAAAGCAGAUGAAGCAAUUAAGAUGUUGGUUCGAUCAAUGAGAUGGAGAAAACAAGUUGGUGUCAAUUCGAUCAAAGAGACUGAUUUUCCAAAGGAAUUCUUUCGAAUUGGUGCCAAUCAUAUGUACGUUAAAGAUAAAAAAGGUAUGAUCACCUAUUAUUCUCGACUUUGUGUUCCACCGGUGCCCAAAGAGUUUAUGCCUCUCAUGACACGUCUUUGUAUCUUUGGUUUGGAGAUGAUUGAUCGGAUCGCACUUUCAACACGAAUGAAGUUCGGUUUGAUUUAUGAUUGUCGUAAUCCGGCCGUGACUGCCAUGGAUAUGUCUUCAUUAAGAGAAACCAUGUCAUUCAUCCAGGGUAAUUAUCCAUCGUCCGUUGGUUAUGUGGCCUAUUAUGAGAUGCCAGUGGUUCUCAAGGCUGUUUACCGAAUGGUUAGAACCUUUACUCCUCCCAAGAUUCGAGAAUUGGUCAUUUUUGUCAAUCGAAACAAUAUCGAUGAUCUUAUUGGGUUAGAAAAUGUUCCCGAAUAUAUGAAUGGAACUUGUGAUGUCCCUUAUUUCGCGGAUAUGGACCAAUGUCCAUCCUUGGAGGAAGUAGCUGCCAGAGAAGGAAUUGAUCAGGAGGCGGUUAACGAAUUUUACCAUGUUUAUGCUGAAUAUUUGGACGAAUACCAAAGGAAACGCGAUGAAAGAGAAAAGGCUGAAGCAGAUGAACUCGCUGAUCCACAAUCGGCAUCAACCUAUUUAUAAGAACGGAAAAAGAAUUUCAAAUCAGCUGUUGCUCUAAUCCAUUUGGUAUCAAUUAACAAACACUCUUAAAGGGAUUUAUAAGCCAUUAAUCUCUUGUUCUUCUUAUACAUCAUUACACAAACAGAAAAUCAAUUUUUUCCUUUUACUUGUUUCUUUCUUUUUCUAUCUCUCUUUCGACUAAUUAACUAGUCAGUAGAAAAGUACUUAAGCUAAACAUGUUGAAAAUUAACCAAAAUUAACAAUUAAUAAAAAAAGACAAAAAUAAACAUUAAA